AUGAAGCCCAAGCCGAAAGUUUUGGAGAACAGGGCUAAGAUCCUUUGGGACUUCCAGAUCAAAGCAAACAGGCAGGUCCUGCCCAAUGAACCAGACAAAGAGGUCGUAGAGAAGAAGACAGGGAUGUGGAUAGAUACAGCGGUGUUAAAUGACAACAAGAUCAGGGAAAAGGAGAAUGGGACACUGGAAAAGGUCCAGGGUCUAAAGGAGGAACUGGAGAUGAUGUGGAAAAUCAAGGCCAAAGUGGUCCUAGUGAUAGGGACAUUUUGGGCUGUGACUCUUAAACUGGUAGAGGGCCUCCAACUCAUACCCAAGAACUUCCAGCAGUUCCUGGCCUUGAUGUUUGCAGUGAAAGAAGUCAACAAGGAUCUGGUCCUCCUCCCCAACAUCACCCUUGGCUUCCACAUUCACAACAAUUACCAAACAGAGUGGCGGAUUUCUGCAAUCAGCCUCUCCCUGCUCUCUACACGAGUUCGAAUGAUUCCAGGUUAUAAAUGUGACAAGCAGGACCCUCUUCUCUCUGUCAUUGGGGGUGACAGCCCCAAAUCCUCAAGGCAGAUGACUUCAAUCUUCAGCAUCUUUAAGGUCCCUCAGCUAGGUGUUGGCUUUGAGUUCUCUCAGGGAGACAGAAAAGUUUAUCCUUCCUUCUUCCGGAUUAAUCCCAAGGAAUCUCCUCAGUAUAUAAGUUUAGUCCAGCUGCUCCUGUAUUUCCAGUGGAACUGGGUUGGGCUUAUGGCCCCCGAAAAUGAUGAUGGAGAACGUUUCGUCUCAUCUCUGGUGCCAAUGCUCAAGGAGAAGGAGAUCUGCCUGGCCUUCAAGGAAAUAAUGAAAUUUGAUUUUUCUGCUGUUCCAUAUACAAAAUUAAAUCAUAUUAUCAACACUUGGUCAAAAGGUGAAGUGAUUAUUUUGUAUGGAGACACCAGUACUAUUACAAAUCUUCUUCCCUAUUUGAGGAAUGUCCACUUCAACAACAGUGCUGGAGAUGAAAUCUACUUCAGAGAAGAUGGACUGGGAUCUGCUCGUUAUGAUCUUCUCAACUGGGUUCUCCUUCCCAAUGAAUCUUUUGUCCCUGUAAAAGUUGGACAAAUACAUCUUGGGGCUGCUGCAGGACAGGAUUUCACCAUUAACUCUGAUGCAAUUGUCUGGGCAAGAAAGAAGGUGCCCUUUGCCAGGUGUGGCAUGAAGAGGUGCCAGGCAGGAGAGAGGAGAAGAGUUCCAGAAGGAAAGCAGGUUUGCUGCUACCAAUGUGACCCUUGUCCAGAAGGGACCAUUUCUAAUCAGACAGAUUCUACAAGCUGCGAUCCCUGCUCAGAAGACCAAUAUCCCAACAUGGAGAAGGACCACUGCAUUGACAAGAAGAUACACUUCCUUGCCUAUCAAGACCCCCUAGGAUACAUUUUAGUUUUUCUUGCUCUUUUCCUCUCCAUGAUCACAUUGGGAGUCCUAGCAAUUUUCCUUAAAUCUCACGACACACCAAUUGUCAAGGCCAACAACCGAGAUCUCUCCUACAUCCUCCUGGUCUCCCUCCUGCUCUGCUUUCUCUGCUCCUUCUUCUUCAUUGGACGACCCAGGAAGCUCACCUGUCUCAUCCAACAAAUUACCUUUGCCAUUCUCUUUUCCUUUGUAAUUUCCUCUGUCUUGGCAAAAACUGUCAUGGUGGUUCUGGCCUUCAUGGCCACCAAACCAGGGAGUAAGACAAGGAAAUUCUUAGGAAAACCACUGACCAGCUCCAUUAUUGUGACCUGUCCCCUAGUCCAAGCAGUUCUUUGUGCCAUCUGGCUAGUAACCUCUCCCCCAUUUCCCAACUUCGACUUCCACUCCUUGGUAGGAGAGGCCAUCUUAGAAUGUAAUGAAGGCUCAACUUCAAUGUUUUAUGCUGUCCUUGCCUACCUGGGCUUUUUGGCCUUCAUGAGUUUCACAGUGGCCUUCCUGGCAAGGAAAUUGCCUGAUAGCUUUAACGAAGCCAAAUUCAUUACUUUCAGCAUGCUGGUCUUUUGCAGUGUUUGGAUCAGCUUCCUCCCCACCUACCUGAGCACCAAAGGGAAGUCCAUGGUGGCUGUGGAGAUCUUCUCCAUCUUGGCCUCUGGGGCUGGUCUCUUGGCUUGCAUCUUUUUCCCCAAAUGCUACAUUAUCCUACUGAGGCCCAAUCUGAAUUGUAGAGAAAAUAUAAUGAGGCACAAGAAUCUCUAA